UAGUUUCACAGUCCUCACUUUCUUUCUCCCCUCCCCCUCUUCUUGUGUUAUCACAACCCUUACCUUGACUGUGUGUGUUGUGCAGACACACCCGGCCACUCCAUAUCAGCCAAUCACCGAGACAUACUUAGGAGGUGUACUUCCUGUGUGUCGUGAGAGAAGAAUAGGACAGGAAAGAGGAGAGAUUUGUGUACUUGUUUUUUGCCAUAGGGGGUCCACACAGGCAAUCAAUUUAGCAGUAAAGGGGACGAGAGUAAUGGACCAACACUCAGGACUUUUGUUUGGUUUGUGAGAGAUCUCCCUGUUCAGCAGCAGCAGCAGCGACAAGACUGAGAGAAAGAGGUGGGGAAAGAUAAGUGUCAAUCUGUUCAGACUUGUUUGGGAAUUUGAGGAAGGAGAGGAGGUGGAGACACACAGAAAGAAGCAACAAGAGAGAAAAGCAAGAAGAACCGAGGCGUAAACAUGAACCUUACCCAAGACUCGAAGGAAUGAAAGAAAAAGAGAAGGAUAUUUGAGAUUCAUUUGAAAACAAGGAGGACGGUUGCUGUGUCUCUCAGACAAUGUCAACACAAGAAAUUAAAUUUCAGUGUUGGGCAAUCCCAUGCAUUUGAGCUGAGCUGGAGCGGGGGGAGACCAUUUCUCCCCAGUGUACAACUUCAGGUCACUUCGAGUUAUGGUACUAUGGGGACCAAAAGGCCCAGCCAUAACCUCUUUGACAAUUUAUUUAACUUUAAGACCGACAAUCACAAGAUCCAGACGGGUGGAAGAAGCUUCCAAGAUUCAAGCGCCGGGUCCAAAAUGAUAUCUUCACUGGAACAAGAAAGGGAAAACAAACGAGAAGAGAUCAUUAGAAGGGAGACGGACACAGUGAGAGACAAAGCCAGGCACAGAGAAAUGGACAGUCUGGAACGACAUGCGAGAGAGCGGACUUUUGCUCCCCAGCUCCAAGAUGGAGACAAAGAGUGGAGAGAGAGAGAGAGGAGGCAAGAGGAUGAUAGAGGCAAAAACUCAAGGCCACUGUUACACAUAAAGAAGGAUAUCGUGCAAGACAGAGAGAGGGGGAAAAAGAAAGGUGACACAUUUCCCAGAAUGAGAAAAGGCAAAACUGACCACGAGAGGAAAAGGAUCAGCUCAGCCGAGAUGGUUGAAGAAAUAUGUGAAAUGAACCAGACAGAUCACUUCAGAGGUAGAGAGAUGGAGGACUGGGACAGAGAAAGACAGAGGUACAGAGAAAGAGAAAGGGAUGACAUCCGUAGCAGGGUUAGGGAAGAAGGAAGAAAUCCUGGAGGAAAAUCUACUGAUGAUGAGAGAUCCUGGCAAAGGGAAAGAUAUAAAGCAUCUUCUGUUCAGCCACCAGACAGGAUCAGAGAAGGGGUUGACUUGAGGGACAUUAGAGAAAGAGAUGGAGCAAGAAAAAGAGACAUGGAGGUGAGAGAAGUUAGAAGGAAUUCCCCACACAGGAGACCAGAAAGAGAAGGUGAGAGGGGAGAGAGGAGAGAGAAAAGGAGAGACGCAAGAAGUGAGGGAGACAGUGAUGAGAGGGAGCUGAGGAGAGAGAGAAUGAGGGACAAAGACAGGGAUGAGUUGUUCCAUCAGUUCAGCAGAAGCGAGGGGGACAACAGGGGCAAAAUCUCAAGCGACAGGGAUCGAGAUAGACGGAGAUACAGAGAAAGAGACGUGGACAAAUCCAGGAGAAGAGAAAGAGAUGACAGAAUAGAGAGGUACCGAGAGGCUGAUGGAAGAGAAGACAGAUAUCCAGACAGGGAAGGGGACAGAUGGAAGCAAAGCGGAAGGGGCGUAAAACAUUACAGGAGAGAGGAUGAUCGAUACAGAGAGGAGAGAAGAGACAUAGAGAUACGGGAAGGCAGAAGAGGUAGAGAAAGCGGGACCCUGAGUGACUCGGCUCCAAGAGCGCUGCCACGAGGCCAGAGCAGCGGAGAGUGGAGCAGCGACAUGGACAGUGAAACGAAACACAGAAGAGACACUUAUGAGAGGAGGGCAGCUGGGAGAGAGAAGAGAGGUGACCGGGAAAGAAGCAAAGAGGGACCGAGAGACUUUACAAGCCUGGAGAGGCAGCGAGUAGAAAGUGAGAAAAAGGAGAGAGAUGGAAGAGAAAUGAUAAGCAGUCUACCAGAGCAGAGAAGGAUGUGGUUAGAGCCACAGAGGGGCAGGAAUAGUAAAGACGAAUGUGUAGACAGAGAGAGGCAGACGAGGCGGAAAGAGAGGAGGAGUGAAGAGAAGGGGAAUAUGGAGGCCCAGGCAGAGUGGGGAAGAGAUGAGCGGCGAGCAAAAGGGGAACCACAUGAGGGCCACAAAAUCAGUCAUCAAGGCAGGCCUGCAGGGAGAGAUGAGUACAGGGGAGACCUGGUGGGGUUAAGCGAGGAUGGGGAAGAGGAGGGUCAAAUAUUGAGAGAGGGAGGUACUACAGGGAUGGAACAUCUCUCUGACAGUGACAGAGGGAUGGUGGGUAGCCGACAGAGGAAUGUAGAGGGAGAGAACCUGACAGAUAACACUGAGGAGAGUGACAGAGAGGAAGAGGGUGGGAGCGAUUACUGGGCCCGCUCCGAGAGUGAAGGAGGAAGUGAGGCCGAGUGGAAGCCAGACAGUGGCAGAGUGCUGUCAGAGGAGGACGGCUUUGUGACCCCGUCCAGUGGUGGAGAUGAAGAGGACGAAGGGGGAGAUGAUGAAGAGGAGUUUAAGGACUGUCAGGAAAUGUGGGAAGGUGGAAAUAAGAGUCUCACACCUUCUGGCUUCAAACAGUAUGAAGGAGAUGGACAGAGUGAAGAAGAGUGGACAUUUCAAAAGGAGGAAUCAGUUGAUGAGGAGGAACAAGGAAGGGAAAAGAAGCCAAAGUUUGUUUUCUGUGUAAUUGGGCAAAGAACCAGGGAGAUGUCACAGUCACUGGGAAGUGAGAGGGAUGGAGCAGAAGGAGAGAGAACAAAUUUAGAAACUCAGACUCACAAUAGGGAGGACCUCAUGCAUAAGCCUUCAGAUGACUGGCAUCUGACAUCAAAAAGAAAUGAUGACCCACCCUUGACUGUAAGUGACCAACAAACCGGAGGUGACCAUUGCACACCCAAGGAGGAGACACCUGCCUCUGGAGAUGCAUCUGAGGGGGACAUUACACAUCGAGUAUCAUCAGAGCUUCGGGGUGCAGAACCCGGAGAGGAACCAAAGAGCGAGGAAGUGGAGCCCCACCUCUCAAAAAUCAAAAGAGACUCACAGACUGAAAGACUCCUCAAAGAAUGGAGAGAGAAAAAUAAAGAACCAACAGCAAAAAAUUCUCCUGCCUCAAAUAAUCCCUCCCUCAGUCUUAAGUCUUGUGGCAGUUUGGAGGAGAUUCAGCCUUUCUUGGAUCAGAUAAACACAGAAACAAUGAGUCCAGAGGAGCUGGAAGCCAUUCGGAUCCGAAUGAGUGGAGCUUGGAGCAUCUCUGAGGAGCCCAAGCGGCAUUCCCAAGCACCCCACCUCAAAUGGGCGAAAGAUGUGGUGCGCGAGAUCCUGGGAAAAUCAGAAGAACAUGAGGCGGAAGAACCAAACACAGACACACAGGAGGAUCGAGAGGGCAACAAGUCGGGGACCAAAACAGAAUCGUCUGGUGUCACACUGACCAAGGAUGUGGAGCACUUGGAGCCAGAGGAAGAUCUGAUGGAGGAUUUUAGAGAUGAGGAGGAAGAUCGAAGCAAAAGUUGGGAAGAAGUGGAGCUGAGAAACGUUUUGGACACGAUCGAAAGGCGGAAGAGGAAUUCAAAAAUUUUCAAUGCCUCCCCGCUCUACCAGCAGUACAGCGAGGCAGCCCAGAACAUCGAGAUCCUUCGCCAGUCCCGCUCUGAUGUCCUGUCCGUAUGCGAGGAGCAUACCCCAUCCCCUGCCCCCUCACCUCCUCCUGCCCGCAGGCCUCUUCCUCCCCUCCCCGCCGUCCCACACCCCCACUCCUUUUCCCAUAAAGACUCCAUCACUAGUUGCAAAAGCUUGCCUCUUCCAGAGCCCCCCAAGAAUGAGGGCAGGCCCUCCUCUCCACGUCUGUCCAUCAGCCUCACACAGUCGGCCACAUUGUGGAGGGACUUGCCGGCGGUUAGAAACAGUUCUGAGCUGGGGGAGCUUGGAGAGGAUGAGACUCGACUACAGGAGGUUAGAUUUGAGGUAGUGACCUCUGAGGCCUCCUACUGCCGAAGUUUGGACGUAGUUGUUGACCAGUUUGUGAAGGCCAAACAGCUGGGGGCGCUGCUCACCACUCAGGACAGGAACUGGCUGUUCUCAAGGCUGGCUGACGUCCGUGCCAUCAGCCACAGUUUUUUGACAAAACUGGAGGAGCGAGUGGAAUCAGACAUCAUGCACUUCACUGUGUGUGACAUUAUUGCCCAGCAGUGCAAGCGCUUCAAAAUGGUGUAUGUGCCCUACCUCACCAACCAGUCGUAUCAAGAUGCCACCUACCAGAGACUCAUGAAUGAGAAUCAAGAAUUCAAGAGGAUUGUGGAGAAGUUGGAGAGAAGUCCAGUUUGUCAGAGACUUCCUCUCCGUUCUUUCCUGGUGCUUCCCUUCCAAAGGAUCACAAGAAUUAAACUACUGGUCCAAAAUAUCGUGAAAAGAACGGCCCCUGGCACCCCAGAGGCGAAAGAUGCAAUCAAAGCCUUAAAACGCCUAGAGACGCUGAUUCAAGAGAGUAAUGACAGCAUCUCCCAGAUGAAAAGCAUCGAGUCUCUGGUUUCUCUCAGUGCUAAAGUUGACUUUGAGUGCAGGACUCUUCCUCUGGUCAGUCAGUCUCGGAGAUUAGUGCGAGAAGGUCCAGUGACUGAACUGAUGGAUUUCUCUCUGAAGGACACAGAGAGGAGCGCAUACUUGCAUCUCUUCAACGACUACCUGCUACUCUCACUACAAAAAGAAGGGGGAAGAUUCACUGUAAUCGACCACUCGCCUGUGUCAGAACUUCGCGUAGAGAAUUGUCGUGUCAAACUUCACUCGCUACAGAAGAACCUGUUUCGCCUUUACAUGUCACAAAAGUCUCUGCUGCUACGGACUGACUCACAGAGUGAUAAGCUACGUUGGAUUUCAGCCCUGUCCAGGCCUCAUACUGAAAUUGAUUUUUCUGCUGCACAAGACUUUGUACAGAUGCAGUGUAUUCGAGCUUUUGUUGCCCAGCAGCCAGAUGAGCUGUCUUUGGAAAAAGCUGAUGUUAUUCUAGUCCAUCAGGAAAGCAGUGACAAUUGGGUUGAAGGGACGAGACUUUCUGACCGACAUCGUGGAUGGCUACCCAAGUCCCAUUUGGAAACCAUUAGUAGUUCCAGAAUCAGAAAACGCAACCUUUCAGAUGCCCUUAAACUGACAACAGCAACGGCUGCCGACCUGACAAACAGCGGGAUGUCUUGAAUGUCGCCCAGCUGAGGGCUCAUACCUGUUGGAAAUCUGAUGAUGGAUAUUCAGAGACUGUUUAAACACUGCUUACAGGAGCUUUAAAAAAGCGCAAGAAUGCACAUUCGUGUUUCACUGGAUCUUGCUAGAUUCACUCUGUGUAUUGCAUAUAGAGCAAUGCAUGGACUGCUGAAACCAUCUAGAGAGCCAACAAGGGCUUUGUGUGACUAUUGAUUGCAAUGUAAAGUGUUAGAAGCAAUAUUUUAUAAUGGUACAUGAGCUGAUUUGAGUUUUAAGAACAAAAUUCUUUAAGGAAACUUGCCUUUUUCCAAGAAAUAUUAUUUUUGGGAAAUGAUAUAUUUUGUGUAAAGCCCAGAAUUUGUAUGAUCUAAGCGUGUUUCUAAAAUGUGUGUUUGUGCACGUAUGAAGCAACACACAUUUAAUGUUCAAGAAAGUUCAACAGAGCUUCAAAGGACAUACAGAAGACAUUUCAAUAAAUUUGGAUGUGAAAAAAAACGCAUCUGACCAUCA